AUGAAGCUUUUUGCUCUCAUCCUCGCUGGUGCUGUAGCUAUCAGUGCCAUCCCUCUAGAAGCUCGCGUGGGCAAGAGGCCCAAGAUCUCCCAUAUUCCCGGAAAGUCCAUCAACUGUGGUGGUCAGGAUGCGUGUGCCAAUAUCUACCCAGUCAGUGUCAUCAAGUCUGCUACGCUGGCUAGCUGGCUACCUAUGAGGGAUGUUCCAGGCAGGGCCACCACUGGAGCCAACCGCUACCCUCACGUCUAUGGCUACUGUGAUGCUCAUUGCACUUCCCUGACUCCAUCCGCAAGCACGGUGACAUCCCCUAUGAAUUCCGCAUCCUGA